AUGAUUCUGACCAAGAUGUCGGCGACACGAGUCGCUUCCUUGCGGUCCCAGACACCGACUCUCAGAGCUUCCUCCCGACUGUCUGCUCACAUCGGAUCUUACUCGACUGUCUCAGCUCAGACGCAUUUACUUUCCACUAAGAGCCACCGAGCUAUUCUUCAAUCCCCUUCUCACUCAGUCCCCCAACUCAUCUCGCCAUUCGCCGCCCUCCCUUUGACUCGGUCUUUCCAUGUCGCAACCUCCUUUUGGCAACAGCAACAACAGCAAAAGCAACAGGAGGGAAAACAGGACAAGGACGCUGAAUCCGAGUCAAAGCACGAGGAUUCCAAGGAGGAAGGAAAGGAAAAGCAAGAAGAGAAGGCUCCGCCACCACCCCAUGGAGACAAGUCUCCUUGGCAAGUCUUCCGUGAGACCUUGCAGUCCGAGUUCAAAGCUUCCAAGGAAUGGGAAGAGUCCACAAAAGCGUUGGCAUCGUCGGCUCACCAAUUCACCGAAAACGAGAAUGUCAGACGUGCGCGCGCGGCUUACGAGGCUGCAUCCAAUGCUACCACAUCCAAAACUUCCACGGCCUUGAAGACUACCGGUCAAGUCAUUGGAAAGGGAGCGGCUUGGACUUGGAACACCAGCGUGGUCAAGGGCGUUCGCAAGGGUGUCAACGCAACCGGAGAAGGCCUCGAGAAAGCCACCAGGCCUGUUCGCCAAACCGAAGCAUACAAGAGUGUGAAGGAAGCCAUCGAUGAUGGCAGCAGCUCCCGUUACGGCGGCUGGGUGGAAAAGGAGGAGCGUCGCAGACAGCGGCAGCUUCGGGAGCAACAGGAGCUCAAGUCUGGCAAGUUCCAUCGCGUGGAGCAGCGCGUUGAGGAUCCCAAUGCCGGUACCAACAUCACUCUUCACAAGGAUUCCGCAUGGAAGGACUCCUGGCGAGAGUUCAAGGACUCCAACCCCAUGAUGCAGAAGCUUUUCUCAAUCAAAGAGAACUACAACGAGUCCGAGAAUCCCCUCAUCAGCACGGCCCGGAGCAUCUCGGAUCGCGUCGCCGGCUUCUUCGCUGAGAAUGAGACCGCCCAGGUGAUCAAGAAAUUCCGGGAGAUCGAUCCUAACUUCCAGAUGGAACCUUUCCUACGCGAAAUGCGCGAUUACAUGUUGCCGGAAGUUCUCGACGCUUACGUUAAGGGAGAUGUCGAGACCCUCAAGCUUUGGCUCUCAGAUGCUCAAUUCCACGUUUAUGCUGCCCUCGCGAAGCAAUACACCACUGCCGGUUUGAAGUCGGACGGUCGCAUCCUGGACAUCCGCGGUGUGGACAUUUCUCACGCCCGUAUCUUGGACCCUGGUGACAUUCCCGUCUUUGUUGUCACCUGCCGGACCCAGGAAAUCCACGUCUACCGCAAGAUCAAGACCGGCGAGCUGGCCGCUGGCACGGAUGACAAGGUGCAGCUCGUCACCUACGCCAUCGGACUCACUCGGAUUCCCGAUGAGGUCAACAACCCUGAAACCCGGGGCUGGAGAUUGAUCGAGCUGCAGAAGGCUGCCCGUGACUACAUCUAA